UAGAUUUAAACUAGUUCCCCACAAUGAUUGCUAAGUGUCUAUCUCUAAUGCUGCUGAUCGUUAUCCCGAUCCUGAGAUCCCCCUCAGUUUCGUCCUCCGAUUCCGUGGAGAUACAGCCCCGCAUCAUCGGUGGUCAGGUGUCCAGAAUCAAGCUGGAAAAGUAUCUCGUGCAGGUCACAACCUCCACGGAGUUGUGCGGAGGAUCGCUGAUCAAGCCCCGAUGGGUAAUCACUGCAGCGCACUGCGUUUACGGUCAAAACAAGGAUGAAUUCAAGGUGUACGGAGGAGCCUCCAACCAGGCAGGUCCCCAUGCCGUAAUACGAACAGUAGACUUCAUGGCCAUUCGCCCGGAUUUCAAUCGCAAGACCCUCAACAUGGAUGUGGCUGCGUUGCGACUGACUUCUGAUAUGACUGGAGCUAAUAUAGAGACCAUUGACUUGGCCUCCCAAUCCGUCCCAGCUCGUGCUUUGGUCAAGAUCUCAGGUUGGGGUUAUCUAACUCCGGAUGCCACAGAGACAGCCACUCGGGUGCACAGCGUCAUUGUUCCGGCGUGGUCGCGUCAAUCAUGUGUUGCCGCUUUCAGGGGGCUCCAUCGCAUCACCCGCUCCAUGAUGUGUGCCGCCAGGUUGUACAAGAAGGACUCCUGCGAUGGCGACUCGGGAGGGCCGUUGGUAUAUCACGGAGAGCUGGCCGGGAUUGUUUCCUUCGGAUAUGGAUGCGCCGGUGCUCUGCCCGGGGUUUAUACCAGUGUUCCUGUUAUCCGAGACUGGUAUCUGCGAGUGGUGAAAGAGCAUUCCUGAGCGUAACUUAUGGCGUAUCUUUAAGUGUCAAUAAACAGUUCGAGUGAAUCCAACAGUAA